CACACGGUAAGACCUCUUGCUUUCGCUCAGGCUCAAGAGUCAAAGAUAUAGAAACAGAUAUAUUUAAUUUCCUGUUAUCUUUCCAAGUCAUCAGGCCACCGAUGAUUUUUGUUCUCUCUUCUUGAAGAAUAAAUCUCUUUCCCCAUCGGUUCGACCUACUCUCUCCCGCCGCUUAGAAAUAAAACUUGGCUGUAUCUAGGAGCUGGGAGCGAGAAGGCGCCGACCCCGAGCGCCCGAAGCGCGCGGACCGGGUGCGGUUCGCGGGAGCCGGGCCCAUGGGCCACUAGCGGUCCCCCAGCUCGGGGCCCGGCCUCCCUGAGGCCCCUUCUCCAUGUGAGGUGCGGCGGGGCGAGCGGGGCGCGAAAGGAAGAGGAGGACCCACGGGCACCGGGCCGGAAGGCAGCUGGCAGCAGGCCCAGGCGAGUGGGCACCCGCGUUCAUGUUCCGCCAGGAGCAGCCGCUGGCCGAGGGCAGCUUCGCGCCCAUGGGCUCCCUGCAGCCGGACGCGGGCAACGCGAGCUGGAACGGGACCGAGGCCCCGGGGGGCGGCGCCCGGGCCACCCCCUACUCCCUGCAGGUGACGCUGACGCUGGUGUGCCUGGCUGGCCUGCUCAUGCUGUUCACAGUGUUCGGUAACGUGCUUGUCAUCAUUGCUGUGUUCACAAGCCGCGCGCUCAAGGCGCCCCAGAAUCUCUUCCUGGUGUCUCUGGCUUCGGCUGACAUCCUGGUGGCCACGCUUGUCAUCCCUUUCUCGCUGGCCAACGAGGUCAUGGGCUACUGGUACUUCGGCAAGGCGUGGUGUGAGAUCUACCUGGCGCUCGACGUGCUCUUCUGCACGUCUUCCAUAGUGCACCUGUGCGCCAUCAGCCUGGAUCGUUACUGGUCCAUCACCCAGGCCAUAGAGUACAACCUGAAGCGCACGCCACGCCGCAUCAAGGCCAUCAUCGUCACGGUGUGGGUCAUCUCGGCCGUCAUCUCCUUCCCCCCGCUCAUUUCCUUCGAGAAGAAGAGAGGCAGGAGUGGCCAGCCGUCCUCCGAACCGCGCUGUGAGAUCAACGACCAGAAGUGGUACGUCAUCUCGUCGAGCAUCGGCUCCUUCUUCGCGCCCUGCCUGAUCAUGAUCCUGGUCUAUGUGCGCAUCUACCAGAUCGCCAAGCGCCGCACCCGCGUGCCGCCCAGUCGCCGGGGUCCCGAUGCCACCGCCGCUGAGCUGCCAGGGGGCGCCGAGCGCAGGCCCAACGGCUUGGGCCCGGAGCGCGGCGGCGUGGGCCCCGUGGGCGCCGAGGUCGAGUCGCUGCAGGUCCAGCUCAAUGGUGCCCCGGGGGAGCCCGCGCCCGCAGGGCCGCCGGACGCCGACGCGCUGGACCUAGAGGAGAGCUCCUCGUCUGAGCAUGCUGAGCGGCCCCCGGGGUCCCGCAGGUCGGAGCGCGGGCCCCGGGCCAAAGGCAAGGCCCGGGCGAGCCAGGUGAAGCCCGGGGACAGCCUGCCAAGGCGCGGGCCGGGGGCGACGGGGCCGGGGGCACCCGCGGCCGGGCCGGCGGAGGAGCGCUCUGGCGGGGGCGCCAAGGCGUCGCGCUGGCGCGGGCGGCAGAACCGCGAGAAGCGCUUCACCUUCGUGCUGGCGGUGGUCAUCGGCGUGUUCGUGGUGUGCUGGUUCCCCUUCUUCUUCACCUACACGCUCACGGCCAUCGGCUGCCCCGUGCCGCCCACGCUCUUCAAGUUCUUCUUCUGGUUCGGCUACUGCAACAGCUCGCUGAACCCGGUCAUAUACACCAUCUUCAAUCACGACUUCCGCCGCGCCUUCAAGAAGAUCCUCUGCCGGGGGGACAGGAAGCGGAUCGUGUGAGUGCGGAGUCCGCGCCCGGAGAACAGACUUGCGCUGACUGCAGGCAGCUGGGAUCCAGGGGGCGCGUCUACGUGUCCUGCCAAAACCCGGGUCCUGCCUGUUCCUAGUUUCUUGGCCCCAGGAUGGCUCUGCCGCUUCUUGCGGGCAUCUGCGCUCUCCUACUUGAGAAAAGUACUGGCUGGGAGGGCCACACCCCGAACUCCAACCCCCUCAUUAUUGUUAGGGCAGCUCCUCACUCAGAGCCAUCUUCCUGGGUUCUUGGGCAGCCCCAAAUCAGUAUUGUUUCCUAAAAGUAUUUUCACCUCACCUGGACCCAGCUGUCACAGUCGUUCAGAGCAAGCACGAGAGCCCAGAGGGGAUGGAGCGCUCCCAAAGGGUUAACAGAUGGGGUGGGGGUGGGGGUUACCCAGCCCUGGCUAAUUGCUCUCCCCCUUCCCCAACUCUAUUUUUAAACAAAUGCUCAGGGCAGCCCUGCCGGCCCUCCCAUCCCCACUGCCCCCCACUUGUAAAUAUACACUAUUUUUGAUAGUACUUGGGGAUGGGGGUGGGGUCCUAAAUGUCUCUUGGCUUUUGACGUUUGAAUCCUGGCUGCUGGAGAUGCUCUCCAGGCAGACACAUUGUGUCUAGUUCAGGGCAAGCCUCUUUGCAAAGUGAGCCCUUUUCUGGUGUCAUUACCCUCUCUGUGUUCUUUUCACCAGCAACUGGUGACUGUCCCUUGGGACUGGACUUGCGUUGAGAUUUCCUGAGGGGGAAAAGAUUUCUGUCCAUUUCCCCACCCCUGUGCCUAACAGCAUAAUUGCCUUGUCCUAUGUAAAUAUUACAAGGAUGGAUCAAGACAGAAGUAAAUGAACCUUUCUGCCUUGCAGCAGCCCUGUGUAUAAAGCCAUUAUUCUCGGAUGCACCCUUUUUCACUCCAGUACUGCACUUUAAAACCUUCUCUUUCCAGUAUCCCCUUCCUCCCUUCCUCUGGGGCCACUGCUUGAAAAAUAUGUGUUUCCAUCUUGGAUGUAUGUGUUACCACUCCCUCCUUCAGAGUGCUGACUGUGGGAAAUCUUUUACCUGCUGUUUUUAGACACGGAGAAGUGGAAAUUAUGUGGAAGAAGCAAACCUGAUACAAUUUGCCCAAAGUAAACAGUUUGAAGAGACAAAUGGGCCUGCCCAACUGUACAGUUCCUGCCCCAAGAGCUCUUAAGUAUCAAAAUGUCCAUUUUUCCUCCCUGUUUUUCUGGUUGAGAUCAAGUCACUGAUAAACUCCCAAAGUCAAGGGAGAAGGGCGGAGACCUUGUUUACAUCCAAGUUGCCCUAUGUUUUAGACAGAGACUCUUUAAGGCCUGCGCUCAUAUUUCACUAAAGAAAAAUUAAUGUCAGCACAUGUUGCUAAUGACAGUGGAUUUUUUUUAACAAAAAGUUUACAGAUCAAAUGUGAAAUAAAUAUGAAUUAAAUGGUC